GCCGCACUUUGUUCUGACUCGACCGCCCAGCUCAACCAGCACAACCAGCCAAUACUCGAACACAAAUUGCAUCUGGUUUCACCAACAAUCUCUGCUCUUGCAAUCUACCCUCCCGCCUCCAUCUCACUAAAGAAUGCCUGCUAGCGGCUACCAGACCCCUUCGCUCCGCGACGCCGUGGAGGCGCUCGACGACCGCCGCGUCAAGCGUAUCCGCCCCCUCAUCCCGCCCCAGAUCCUGCUCGAGGAGCUCCCACUCACGCUCCGUGGCGCCCAGACUGUGAUGGACGGUCGCCAGCAGGUCGAGGCAGUGGUCAAGGGCGAGGAUGACCGUCUCCUCGUAGUUGUUGGCCCAUGCUCUGUGCACGACCCCGAGCAGGCGCUCGUCUACGCCAAGAAGCUCAAGGCGUACGCCGAGGAGGCGCAGGAGGACCUCAUGAUCGUCAUGCGUGUCUACUUCGAGAAGCCCCGUACCACCGUCGGGUGGAAGGGUCUCAUCAACGACCCAGACAUGAACGGCACCUUCCAGAUCAACCGCGGCCUCAGGAUGGCCCGCAAGCUCAUCCUCGACCUUACCGAGAUGGGCCUCCCGACUGCGGGCGAGUUCCUUGACGUCAUCUCGCCCCAGUACCUCGCCGACGUGACCUCGUGGGGCGCCAUCGGCGCGCGUACCACCGAGUCGCAGGUGCACCGCGAGCUUACCUCGGCGCUGUCCAUGCCGGUCGGCUUCAAGAACGGCACCGACGGAAGCAUUGACAUCGCCGUCGACGCUAUUAAGUCGGCUAUGUCGUCGCACACCUUCCUCUCCGUUACGAAGCAGGGUCUGAUUGCCAUCGUCGAGACAGAGGGCAACGACACGACGCACGUCAUCCUCCGCGGCUCGACCAAGGGCCCCAAUUACGCCGCCGAGUUCGUCGAGGAGGCCGGGAACAAGCUCAAGAAGGCCGGCCUCAACCCCCGCCUCAUGGUCGACUGCUCGCACGGAAACUCGAACAAGCAGCACCAGAGGCAGAUCGACGUCGGCCGCGACAUUGCCCAGCAGCUCGCGAGCGGCGGCUCCACCGCCUCGAUGAUCCUGGGCGUCAUGAUCGAGUCCAACAUCAACGAGGGCAACCAGAAGAUGCCCCCUGAGGGUCCCCAGGCCCUCAAGUACGGCGUCUCUAUUACCGACGCCUGCAUCUCCUUGGAGCAGACUCUUCCUCUCCUCGACGAGCUCCGUGCUGGUGUCCGCGCCCGCCGUGCUGCCGUCAAGGCCAAGCAUGCGCAGCAGUAAGAGGUCCGGCAUCAGGUGGUUCUCGUCGGUGUAGUCUCUAUCUUGUAGUAAAAGCGGAUUCGUAGCGACCUAUGCAGCUGCACCGCCCGUCUCUUCCUCUCUCUUCCCUGUUCCUUCCUACUCAUUGGAUUAAUUGGACUUCCAUGCAUGUAAUGUUUGAG